GUGAAUGAACCACUGUGGUCAUGUUGUUGGACUGGUGACAAUACCAACAUGUUGGUUGCUGGUGGUCAGAUGGGUUCCUUAUAUUAUAUUGACCGCAGGUAUAUGAAAUUGUUUAACGCUGAUCAGUCUCGAAAACUUGGUUGUGUUUCUCUCAUCUCCAUCCCACCAUCAACUUCUCGAGCUUUCAUUUAUGGUGGGUUCUUGAAAACCAGAAUGGACUAUUUAUCUAUGUUUGAACAAGAACCUGGCAAAGAAAUGCAUUGCUACACAGAGACUGAAUUGCCAUUAAAAGGACUCUGGACUAAUACUUCUUAUGACUACAAUUCUAAUCUCAUUCUAUCAACAUCCAAACCUUAUGGUCCCAACAAGUCUGUCAGACAUAUUGUGUCUAAAAUAGCAGAUUACAAUACAGAAGGACCUGUAGUAACUCCGGUUGUCACUUUUUAUGCCGGUGAUAAGGCUACACAUUUGUCCCGCUCAUGUUUGGUGMCARCCACUGGUGCUUCCUAUGAAGACACACUUGCUUGUAGUUUUGAUGAAAAAUCAAAAACCAUCAAGGUAUUUAAUGUCAAUCAGGGAACCAAUCCUCACAAUUUCCAAGUAAAUGAAAACUUUUUGGAUUUAUGCCCCUUACCUGGUAUGAUGAAUAGCGGUAGACGAUUAUUGGCUGGUUUGUCAGAAAAUGCUGUUAAUUUGUUCACUGUUUAGAAAAAAAAAAA